GGCGAGUUCGGAGCGUGGCUGCGAAUCAAGGGCGCGGCCGCACGCUGCGACCCGAGUUCCCCCGGCUUGGAGCGGCGGGGCCGGGGGAGUGGCGCGCCUGCCGCAAGCCGUUUUCGUGGAGCGCCGGUGGGAAGGAUCGGGGCUCCCCGCCUGGACCCGAGGCGCCCUGUGGGCGCGCAGCAUCUCCAUCGGCGGGGGGGAGGGGGGCGCUCCAAAGCACCGGCGCGCUCCUUCCCUUCCUCCCUCGCCGCUUAAGCCUUCAUGCCCGGCUGCGGCAUUGCGCCUCCUGCCGUCCCAGCCCUGCCGUCGCCUAAAGCCGAGGAGGCUGCUAAGCCGGCGAAAGUGGCGGCGGCGGCGGCGGCGGCGGCGGCAGCUCCUGCAGCGAGCAGCCGGGACCUGGAAGUGCGCGCCGCCGCCGCCGCCUCGUCCUCGCUGCCCGCGGCGGUGCGGGGCGCGCUGGAGCUGGCCGAAGCCCGCCGGCGGCUGCUGGAGGCGGAGGGGCGGCGGCACCUGGUCUCGGAGCUGGAGAGCCGCGUCCAGCACCUGCACCGCGUCUUCGUCGAGGCCGAGCUACGCAUGGCCACCCGAGCCGAGACGCUCGGGCGGCUGGGCAGCGGCGUGGCGCAGGCCGAGCUUCACCUGACGGCGCACGGGCAGCGCCUGAAGAAGACCGCGCGGCGCUACAAAAAGGCCCGCCCGCCCGCCUUGUUGGCUUCGGCGCUGGCCCUCAGCAGCUGCGUGCCUUGGGCGGCCUGCCGGAUGAAGCGAGGGGGCGGCCCGGAGCCGCCGGAAUCGCCGUUCCGGAGGGGUUUGCAAGGCACGGCGGUUUUGAGCCCGCCGAAACGGAGCGAGACGGAGCCCUUGUCCGACGCGGAGCAGCGGAAGAGCAGAGGCGCCGCUUCGUGAGCGUCCCCGGAGGGCUGCAGCCUUCUAGACCUUCAAGGUCCCUUCCAGCUCGAUUCUGAUUGAUUGAUUGACACCUAGCGCGCAAGACCCGGGACGAUCCGGACCGGGAAGGGGAAAAGGAGGCUGUUGGAAAUGGGGACCGUGCGGCGGCACCUGUUCCUCCCUUCGAUGCUCGUGACUCUCGCCGCAUUAACCUUAACCCGUGGCCGCUCGCCUGUUCUUCUCCCGCCGACUGGCUUCUGCCCAGCCUUUUAGACUUUACUAAUCUCGGGUUUGAUAGACGGGAAUUCAGCCACAGCUUUGGCUUAUGCUACACAUCAAGCCAGCAUCUUAAGCCAGCAUCUAGUUAUUUGGGCAUGGCAUGUUAUAUGAAUACCACUAUUGCGUUUUGUUGACUCAAGGUUAAACGUCUUGUGUGAAUUCAGCAAACAUGGGGUUGUUUUAUAACCUGCUAGCGUAAUAUCUGAAAAAGUACAGGGACAUCAAUAAUUUUUCUAUUUAUAAAUUAUGGAAUUAAUCCUGUGUAUUGGAAAUUAAUGCCCUGAAAUGCAGAGCAUAUAUUUUUUUGGGGGGGGACGGGACCCCUUCCUGUUAUUUUUCCAAUAUAAUUCUUUUUAAAUAAUAUUGUGGUUGAAAUUCCUGUUAUAUCUAAAUUUUCUAUGGAGAGGAGAUGCUUGCCAGCUGACAGGAAUUCCAAUGUUCAUCUGCCUAGCUUGAUACCUUACAUUAUUUUAACCGUUUUUGCAAUAUUCCAUACUUGAGUAAACAUUUUUAAUGCAGAGUAUUGAUGAUGUCCCCAAAAGCAGUAAUCAUUAUUAUUAAAAAAAAAAAGCUAGAUCAGUUCAUGUUCACACAAUUAUCAACCUUAUCUUGUAAUUCUAUCAACAAACUUAAAAGGAACAUAUUUCCUAAAAUUAGUUCA